AUGAUGGCCAAGAUGGGCUACAAACAAGGCCAAGGUCUCGGAAAAGAAGGCGAGGGCAUCGUCAACCCCAUCGAAGUAAAACUACGACCACAAGGUGCCGGUGUAGGUGCAGUAAAAGAAAAGACGGACCAAUACAAGGCAGAGCAGAGGAGAAAAGCGGAAGCCAAAGGAGAGGAAUAUGAAGAUUCCAGUGAUGAGGAGAGGAGGGCUAGGAAGAGGAGGAAUGAACGUAAGAAGGAGGAGAGAGCUGGAGGUGUGGGAGGAGGUAGGAGGAAGAUGAAGUAUCGUACUGUCGAGGAUGUGCGUGCUGCGGCGCCUGGAUUGGAAUUGCCGAAAGCGAUGCUGGGUAGUAUCGUUGAUGCGACAGGAGGCACGACGAAACUCCUCACCAGUACUGCUGGACUCAUGACACCCGUCAACGUACCUGCCGAGACUGAAGCCGACAAGAUAGCCAAGCGCGAGAGACUGGAACUGGAAGCAUUUAUCGAAGCAUGGCAUGGCUUGCAAGAGCGAAAAGUCGUCGUGGAAGAGCAACAGGGACAUUUACAAAUGGAGAUCAAUCAGGCAGACGACGAUAUUGAAAAGAUGCGACAAAUGGUCAUGACAGUCGAGGGCUUGAACAUUGCGAACAUCGAUUGGGGUCAAGCAAUGCAGAAGCUGCAGAAACUACAGCAAGACUUCCGCCACGAUAUUGAGAGCUAUAACCUUUCAGAGGCGGCCGUCGCUACAAUCACACCUCUCUUCAAGGCUGACUUGGACGAUUGGGAUCCAUUGGAAACGCCAUCAUACCGCCUAGUCGAGCAUCUCACACAUCUAAAACCCAUCCUCGGGCUGGAAAAGACAUCGAACGCGCUUGCGACUUCGAAUCUAGAUAUUGAACCCGAACAACGACGCUACCGCAAGCAAAAAACCACCACACCAUACGAAAGUCUUAUUCACGGCAUCUGGCUACCAAAACUACGAUCCACAGUCACGCGCUGGGAUGUGCAUGAUCCUUCACCUCUAAUCGCUGUAGUGACAGCCUGGCGACCUCUCCUACCACCGUUCGUCUACUCCAAUCUCCUGGACCAACAGAUCGUGCCCAAACUCACAGAUGCACUGGCGAGCUGGAACCCAAGGAAGAGACGCCAUCAUCACAAGUCUUCUAGCUCGGAUGCACCACACACAUGGCUAUUCUCCUGGCUACCACUUCUGCCCUCUUACCAUCUGGACCCGAAAGCCAGCACUGGUCUUCUCGUAGACGCGAAGAGAAAGUUACGUCGUGUACUGGAUACAUGUGAUGUUUCUUCCCUCCUCCCAGGUCUAGAGCACUGGCGCAAUCUCUUCGGCACAAAAGAUUUCGACGCAACCAUGUUACGCCAUCUCCUCCCUCGUCUAAGCUCCCAUCUAUCCCAAACCUUCGACAUCGACCCAGCAGACCAAGACAUUUCCCCCCUCGAACACGUAUUCCUCUGGCAACCUUACUUCACCCCCGCCAUCUUCGCUCGUCUCCUAGUUGCAGAAUUCUUCCCCAAACUGCACAGCGUGCUACAUCAAUGGCUCACCUCCCCGGAAGCCUCGUUCGAAGAAAUAGGCGCCUGGUAUUCCUGGUGGAAAUCCGUCAUCCCUGAAUCUCUACAACGGGUUCAAGACGUAACUGCCGAAUUCGACAAAGCGUUGAGAACAAUCAACGACGCAUUGAAUUUACAAGAGCGAGGUAUUUCGUUGUCGGAAUUGCCCGCUCCUGCUGCCGGACCCGUUCGUCCCGUCAUCACUGCCGCAUCCACUGCCACUGCAGCUUCUUCCACACCUGCAGCUUCCUCCACUUCCAAGUUUUCACAACAGCAGGAAUUAUCUUUCAAAGAUGUCGUGGAGGAAUGGUGUGCGGAGAAUGAUCUCACGCUUCUGCCGAUGAGGGAAGCACAUACGGCGACCGGAAACCCGCUUUUCAGGAUCACGGCUUCCGUUUCUGGGAAGGGUGGUGUGGUUGUUUUCUUCAGGGGUGAUAUGGUGUGGUGUCAGAAGAGGAAGAGGGAAGAUGGGUUUGAACCUGUGGGGUUGGAUGGGGGAUUGUUGGAUAGAGCGGAGGGGAAGUAG